AUGCCCGAAGACAUGGAGGACAACGGAGCAGACGUCUCAGACCCCGUGUCCGAGAACGAAGAAGAUUCGGAGACUUUUCUCAAGGACGACGACGAUAGCAUGGCCGAUCCCGCGGGAGCCAAUGGCUCCUCUCACGACAAGAAGAAGUACGACCCCAAGGACCCUUCGAGGCCCAGGCGGAAGAAGGCCAGGAGAGCGUGUUUUGCUUGCCAGAGAGCGCAUUUAACUUGCGGAGACGAACGGCCGUGCAAGAGAUGCAUAAAGAGAGGCCUUGCCGAUGCAUGCCAGGAUGGCGUUAGGAAAAAGGCAAAGUACCUUCACGAUGCUCCUCCAGAGGCUCUUCGACCUGUCUUGGGUCCAAACUUCAGCCCUCCCUUGUCUACAAAGACCAACGGCCACUCUGAGACCGUCAUUGCGCCGGCCCCAAGUGAUGGCUAUCUACCACAGAGAACCCCCUCAUUUUCUGUCUAUCCAAACGUUAGCCAGCCUCAGGUGGCCAUUCCCGAAAACAUCCAUCUCAACCCUCAGGCCUCUCCCAUCUCGCCCUCAUUUCAUAGUGCUUCCGCCGCAGCGCAAGCACACAUGAGCGGCAUGCUCCCAGGAGCUCCUGCUAUGGAUUUCAACGCGCUGUUUGAUCCUAGCAACCCCGCACUAUAUAAUUUUGAUCUCGAAGGUCUCAAUUUUGGCAGUCAAUAUGCUGGAUGGGAAUUUGGAAUUCUUAAUAAGAUGACCCUUGGCGCAGAAACGCCGCCGCGGGAAAAUUCCAUCUCACAUACCCCCAAGACGGAAGCAAACUACGCUGCCAUGUUUGGCAAUGGCAACGGGUCGUAUGAUACUGCCAUGAUGGGCGGUGAUUAUGGCGGCGUCGAUGUGGGAUCCAACAUGUACACCCAGGGCAAUCUCCAGCAUGGCCUGCCUCACGCAUUUGCCAUCGCGGCAGGGCCAAACAGCCUGGCCAGCCCAAGUACCGACACGACUGCGAGCCCACAGGCCAUCAUGGACGGUUCUCCUAACCCAACGGCAUUCCCAGGUUUGCCUAAUAUGCCUGGGCCUCAGCGUCACAAACAGAAGCAAGACAAGAUGCUUCAAUCUAUUCUCGGGAAAAGACAACGGGACUCGGCGUCUAUAUAUGCAAGCGUCAAAGAACCUUACCCAUAUGUUGCUGGAUUCCACAACAUGAUAUCCGUCAUCCGCAACCGGCUGCCCUUGGGUAAGCUGUUGAAGAUUGCUCAGUCGUUGGGGGAAAUUCGACCCUCGUUCAUCUCGUGUACCAAGGACUUGACCCGUGAAGAUCUCAUCUUCAUGGAAAAAUGCUUCCAGCGGACGCUUGUUGAGUUUGACGACUUUUUACAGCACUGCUGCGCCCCGACCAUUGUAUGUCGGCGCUCCGGCGAAGUAGCGGCCGUGAAUAAGGAGUUUGCAGCUUUGACUGGAUGGCCUAAGGAUGUUCUGCUAGGCAAAGCGCCCAACCGCAACAUAUAUACGCGAUCUUCGGAAGAUGGUACCGAUGAUGGCGAAAGCCUAGGCUCGUCUGGCACACUCACACCUGCCCCUAAGAAUCAGCAAAUGCAGCAAAAUAACAACUCGCGCCCUCAGCCUGUAUUCCUAGGCGAGUUGCUGGAUGAUGACAGUCUGGUCGAGUUCUACCGCGACUUUGCUCAACUCGCUUUUGAAGAUAGCAGAGGCAAGGUCCAGCGAAGCGGUCGGCUGAUUCAAUACCGUACGCAGGAGAUGCUGGAAGCAAAGGAGAUGCUGGGGCCCCAGAAACACCCCAGAACAGGUAUUCUGAGCAGCCGGGUUACCAUGAUUGAUAGCGAGCACGGCAUUUCAAGGAUCGAGAAGGAUGGCAAAAUCGACUGCACGUAUUGCUGGACGAUUAAGCGAGAUGUAUUUGAUAUUCCCAUGAUGAUUAUCAUCAACUUUUUACCCCGUUAUCACAUUAACCAGGAACCUCAUCAGCUUGCUGUGUGA